UAUAUAUCGAUGUUUGGGUUAUUGAAUAAAUAUGGGGUUGAUUAUAAUUAUAAAUAUGAUAAGCUCUGUAUUAUUUUCUGGUUUGGAAAAAGGUUUCGGUAUCAAUGUAGUUCGCAACGCGUUGGCUGACGUUUUGAAAGACGGCGAUGUCUCGUUUGAGAAAUGGCGCAAAAAACUUAUCUGCGAACUUCACGAUGUCAAUACGAAAAUCGAUGCACUUGUGCGAAAAGACUUACUGGUAAGUCGUUCUUCUCUGAAAAUGGGUAUUGGCGCACUCGUAAGAAAACUUGAAAAAGCAAACGGUCACCAUGAUAUUGAAAAUAAAACAACAACAGCGACUCAAACAAAGCAAAUCAAGUCUGGAGAACUGAACGUGGCCAUCGCACUCUCAACCGACAUUGAGAGAUUAAAAGAUACAUUUGAAAAUUCUCCAUUUGCUUCUGCGGAGAAGCAUUUCAGACACGCAGGCAAGAAAGCAGCAGAAGCAUUCUGGAACGAAGCCUUGGAUUUGCCGAAUAGAAUUGUAGCAGCAAAAAUACGUGUCGUCUCAAAGAUUUUAGAGUGUCUUCAAGACACAGACGAAGCCGUCGUUGGUUGCAUGUUGUUCUUAGAAGAGCUUCAUAAUCUGCCAGCAAUCAAAGAAACAUUUUCCACAUAUUUUCAAGGCGGGAUAAAAUCCUGGUUCUACAACGAUUAUCGAUUAGAGAUCAUCAAACCUGUAAUCCGUUUGAACUUUGCUGUAUUAGAAUUUGUUGCGAAGUUUUCUGGUGAGAUGACGUCAGAGACGUCAGAGACUGGCCCGUAAUACACCUGUCUACCAGUGGCGAAACGAUUCAUCCGCUACUUCUUGAACGUGAUGAUGCCGAUGAAAUUUUUGAUGGGGAAGAUUUUCGACCGCCAGAACCUCGAGUCGUUAUUAAGGAAUGGUUUGGCGGUAUAAAGCAAAAGACAGCUUACUAGCUUCAUCUAUAACAAGCUUGUUGAUAUUAUAAACAGAUUAAGGGAUGUUUUGUCAACUGCGACAAGCUAACCUGUAUGUAAAGGUGUUAGCUAUAGAACGUUAACAACAACACUCUAAAAACACUCUGGUUAAAUUCAACCAGGAACUGGAUCAAUAAACUACCUAGCACAUUCCUGGUUAAAUUAACUGAUUUCCUGGUUAAAAAUUAUUGAUUCAACAAAAAUCUGGGCAUACUUCUUUGGACUUUUAACCAGGAAAAUGGUUUAAUUUUUUUAACCAGGAUUGUGUAGGUGGAUUUUUAACCCCAUCCUGGUUGAAUUAACCCAAAUUUAACCAGAGUGUUUUUAGAGUGAAGCAGCUUUUAUUGCUCCUUUAAAUUAAAACUUGAACAACUUACAUGACUUACAUAAAUAUAAAAGAUAUAUAAUACGAAUGUGGUUUGGUUCACGUAUACUUUACAAGUUGGUGAAAUGUCUGCCAAAACCCGACAUGGUUGAGCCGUUCUGUGCAUCUUGCUUGCGCAGCGAUUUCAUCUAUAGGGUAGCACAAUGUAAUAUUAUUUAUUAAGAAUUCAGCUUUUUUGGUCGUCGUCAAAUAAUUUACUUCAGUUGACAUCAAGAUUGACAUAUAUUUCUGCAUAAACUGUACAUGGAAUUUAGAAAUCUUGUAAUCUUUUAAUCUUGUAAAAUUUUAUUUGACAAAUUUCAUUUGAUCAAAAGCUAGCAUGCUAGCUUUUGUUCAAAUGCAUUUGUCACAAUAAAUUUGUCACAAAUUCAUCACCUUUACACGAGCAAAAUAUCUUUGACAUUUCCUCGUAUAAACGGGCUUUAAGCACUGUAAAGGUAGACUUUGUGUUAAUAUCACAAUGAAAUGCAUUUAAUAUUAUUUUUAUUUUUUGUGUUUUAAAUAAUUGUUGCUAAUGUUUGGCAGGCAUAAUUAUUUAAAAUAAUACAAUUUAUCAGUUAUGUCUGACAGUUUGUUAU